UGUUGUUUGUUUCCAAUUGAUUUGGCAAAACACCAAGUAAGUGAUCUUUGACGGAAACGAAAUAAUCCGCUAAACAUAAGUGCGAGUUUUAUGUGCCUCAGCUGUACCCAGCAUCCAUGCCCAACUCGUUAAUAUUCGAUUGGCAAUAAACGUGAAGGCAUAAAUCAAAAUGUUUAACGCCGUGUUUUACAUGCACAACAGCGCAAAUAGUGAAAUUAACUCCAGUUCCCCAAAGAAUUUGGCAUAGGCAGUGAGAGUGUGUCGAGCGGAGUGUUACAACAAUCAAAACAUUUGUGUGUUGGCCUACCCCAUGGUGUCGCCGCCCACCACAUCAGGCAAUAUUUUGUGUGUGUGUGCGAGUGAGUGUGUGAAAUGAUUUCGGUGAAGCCUUUGUUGUUGUGAAUCGGAUAUUUGCAAUCAAUGCAAAACGAGAACAACAAAAUAAAAAAACACAAACAACAACAACAAAAAAACAAUAACGAUGCGGAAUAAUGAAAUGAUAAACAUUUAGUGGUGAUUGCUUGGUGCAUACGAUACACAUUCCUAUGUAUUGCCGCCUCAGGCCAUCGUUUUGAACUGAAUAAGCCUUGUGAGAGACAGUUUAAAACACAAUAAUGCCAUCAAAUGGAACAACCCAACAAAUAAUAAAAAGCAAUAUUUUACAAAUAUCACAAAAAGUUUUCACAGCCACACCAGCGACAGUGGUAUAACCCAAAGCCAAGCCGAACAGUCAGCCAGCUAUCAGGACCUUUAUUCGAAAUUAAACGAAAACAUAAAACACAAAUAUUGUGCAGCAACAUUUGUAGCAAAUCCUUUUUUAGUUGUUUAGUAGCAGCACACCAACACACCAAACCAGUAACAAAAUCAAAAGCAAUAACAAACAAAUCACAACCAAAUAAUCAACCCAAACACCAAAAAAGAACAACAGCCUCACAAUGUCGUUGACCAUUAAAGUGAUACAGUUUCAAGUGCCGAAAGCGAAAUCGAAUUUGAUAGCCAAAGUGGAAUUUCGAGGUGUCUCCCAUAUCACAUCGGAAUUAAGUUCAUCUUCAAACCAAAUUGAUGUCAACCAGUCGUUUAUAUGGCCUUUGGCCAGACCAGCCACCGAUGAAGAACCUCUGAUUGUCGAGUUACGAGCGCAGACGACAAAAACUCUCAUCAGAACGAGUUUAAGUCAUGCCUCGGGUGGAUGGAUGGGUGGUAGUCCUGCCACCGGCACCAUAUCCAGUAGCAGUAAAUGUGUUGGUCAAUAUCUGAUGCUGAUGCAAGGUCUUAUACAAACGGGAUUUGUGCAUGUUGAGGAUUAUAUGGUGGACAUAGCAACAAGUCGAUCACUACCGGUCCUUGUUAUAUUCGAAGCUAAAUAUGUAUCUCCCGAUGAUGCUGCGGGUAACUUUGAGCCAACCAAUUUGGUACGCUCCAUACAGCAGCAGCACAACAUAAGUUGCAGCACACAAAGUUUGGACGAUGAUCAACAGAUGCUACUUGACAUCGAACAGAACAUAGCGAACCUGGAGCGCACUCUUAAUAAAGAUUCGAGCGGCACUAUAGCCUCCGGAAGUGGUGCCGCCUCUAGCGGCAGUGAAUCAUCGAAACGAAGGCUUUUAAAACGGGUCAUCUCGAGCAGCCAGUCCCAUGCACAAUCCUCUUCAACAUCGGCCACCACCUCAACGGCUGUCAUGGGGGGUGGUGGUGGUGGUGGUGGCACAUCAUCAACACAACCCAUUCCCAUAACGGGUCGCCAACGUAGUGACAUUGCAUCCCGUAGCAGCUCUAUUGGAGGGGCGACCAGUGAUGCUGGUACCCCAGGCGGUAGUCCAGUCGUCAAAGAGAAACGCAUAACAAUGAGAGCAGUGCGUAGCCUCAUGCGUUUGGGCAGAAGUCGCAAUAAUUCACAGACACGUGAUAGCAGUACUGAGGAUGAGGGCAGAUCGCCUUUAAUAUUUGACAGUGAAAUGGCUGCUGCCAAUGCUGCUGCCGGUGGCAUCACGAAUGUGGCCUCGUCCGCUGGAAAUGAUGGCAUCGAUGGCUUGAGACGCGGCAAUGUCAUGAUGCACACAACGACAACAGGAGCCACAUUAACAACGCCUGGAGCCGAAAGUGCAAUUUCGAAUCAAUCAAGCGAUGUGGAAGAGAUGCAGCAAGUUGACCAGGGUAAAAUGAUGAAACAAAUGACCCGCACCGAAGAUCAUCUUAAAUCGCAAGACUUUCAAGUUUGCAUAACCAUCAUUGAAGCGCGACAACUGCCAGGUCUUAACAUGGAUCCGGUGGUGUGUAUACAAGUGGGAGAUCAAAAAAAGUAUACCAGUGUUAAAGAGAGCACUAACUGUCCCUAUUACAACGAAUAUUUUGUUUUCGAUUUUCAUAUGCCUCCUGUUAUGUUAUUUGAUAAAAUCAUUACUUUAUCGGUUUUGCAAUCCCGAAAAUUUUUAAGAGCCGGAACUCUAGUUGGUUCUUUCAAAAUUGAUCUAUCUACUGUGUAUGAUGCUGCGGAUCAUCAAUUUUAUCAUAAAUGGGCCUUACUCACCGAUCCAGAUGAUUUUUAUAGCGGCCCCAAAGGGUAUCUCAAAUGUGAUAUUGGCAUUAUAGGAAAAGGUGAUACCGUUAAGGUACCUCAAAAGUCAGAAAAGGAUCCAGAUGAUAUUGAAGCCAACCUCUUACUACCCGAUGGUGUUCCUAUUGAAAGACAACGAGCUAAAUUUAUUGUGAAAAUCUAUCGUGCUGAUGGUUUGCCACGCAUGAACUCCUCCAUAAUGGCCAAUGUGAAAAAGGCUUUAACAGGAGAAUCCAAAGAUUUGGUUAGUCCCUAUGUACAGGUCUCAUUUGCUGGCCUAUCGGGCAAAACCACAGUGAAGAAAAAUGCCUAUGCUCCUGUGUGGAAUGAACAGUUGGUGUUUACGGAAAUGUUUCCUCCUCUGUGUCAAAGAAUAAAGAUACAAUUGAGAGAUGCUGAUCCCAUGAAACCUGCAAUUAUUGGCACCCAUUACAUAGAUCUCAAACAAAUUUCGAAUGAUGGUGAAAAAGGUUUCCUACCCACCUUUGGUCCCUCCUUUAUACAUUUGUAUGGCUCUACUCGGGAUUACACUCUACUAGAUCAACAUUCCAAUUUGAAUACAGGCUUGGGUGAAGGUGUCAGUUAUAGGGCCCGCCUCCUGAUAGCCAUUCGCACUGAGAUAACCGAAAACAUCGAAUUGACCACCGAGAAAAAUGUUGAACUUGAACCCACCCAAUUGAUAUCAGAGUCCUCUUACUCACGCAAUGAAGAGUUCUUUUUGUUUGGUUCCAUUAUAGAAGCCUCCAUGAUUGAUAAGAAAAUAAGCGAUCGCACUGUAUUCUUUGAGUUGAGCAUGGGCAACGCAGGCAAUUCCAUAGAUGGUCAUAAUGAAAGUUUCACCACAUUGGCCGAGGAUAGUGAGGAUGGUUGCCUAUUGGAAGCCGUCGAUACCACAUCAUUUAGCAGUACCACAAAUUCUUGUAAACCUAUUUCACAUGACAAGAAUCAUUAUUAUCUGCCCUAUUGGGAUUAUAAGCCAUGCAUGGAUGUUAGAUGUACUUUGCCUGAUUUGAGAAGAAGAAUGUAUAACAGCAAUAUGUUGACAAAAAUGGCGGAGAAAUUUGAGGAUGGUUUACAUGAAACCGGUCACAUGAUAGAAAACGAAGAUCCUAAAGCUGAAGUACGAUUGCGUUCAACUUUGGAGGAAUUGGCAUCAGCCUGUGUGCGUUAUCAAACAAUAACCAAGGCCAAUGGAGUGGGACCAGGCAGUGGAAAAACGAAGUUGGACAAAGAACGCAUGAAAUUGUGUACAAGGGAAAUUGAAAGUUUGGGAAACUUGGCCCGCAAUCUGAGAGCUUUGGUAACUAAGAACUCCUUAAAGGAACGCUAUAAGCAGGCUCAAACUUAUAUGCCCAAGUUAAAGUUUUUAAUUGAUGAUCCUCAACAUUCUUUACCCGAUAUAUUCCUAUGGCUUGUGGCCAAUGGCAAACGCUAUUGUUAUCAUCGCAUGUCGGCUCGUGAUUUGAUUUAUUCCCCCAUCGAAGAAGAGGCCGGAGUACAUUGUGGAAAAAUUCAGACUCUUUUUCUGCGCUUACCGGGAAGACAAGCUUCCGGUUCGGCCAGUUGGUUUAUACAAGCUAAGCUCUCCAUAUACAUGUGGUUGGGUACAGUGGGCCACAAGCAACAUUUCUUUGAAGGCCUACCCAUAGGCUAUGAUCUGUCGCAUGAGCUAAGAAAUGCCGAAAGACCAGGGGCCAUGGCUCCCAAUAAUAUACAUUAUCUUGAGAAAUCUACAUUCCAGCUAAGAGCUCAUAUAUAUCAGGCCCGUUCUUUAAUUGGCUCUGAUGCUUCGGGCCUAAGUGAUCCCUAUGCCACCGUUUAUAUCACCGAAUACGCCAAGACCACUCAAGUCAUCGAAGAAACUCUUAGUCCCACCUGGGAUGAACUUUUGGUUUUCGAUGAGAUCCUAGUUUAUGGCACCAAAGAUGAAAUAAAGAAAAAUCCUCCCACCAUUAUUAUAGAGAUCUAUGAUCAGGACAAAGUGGGUAAAUCUGAAUUUAUAGGCAGAGCUAUGGCCAAACCUCGUGUUAAGCUUAGAGAGAAUGCCUAUGUGACUCCCACCUUGGAAUGGUUUGAUAUUGCAAGGGGACCAGAUAAUGCUGGUGAAUUAUUGGCCGCAUUCGAAAUGCUAGAACUGGGUUCUCCAGAUAUGCCUCGUCUAACGGAACCCAAAAAUCCCAUUACGAACGAAACAAACAAUGAACGCAACAAUUUACCGCCUCAAGAUACCAUAUUUCCGGUGCCCAAAGAAGUUCGUCCUCAUUUGUCCAGAUUUCGUUUGGAAGUUCUCUUUUGGGGCUUACGUGAUCUGAAGAGAGUUCAUUUCAUGUCGGUGGAUAAACCUCGCAUAGAUGUGGAGUGUUCGGGAAAAAUUUUAAGUUCAAAUAUCAUACAGAAUGCUAAGAAGAAUCCCAAUUUUCCUAAUAUGCUAAAGUCCAUAGAAUUGGAAUUGCCCUUGGAAGAAAUGUAUGCUCCGCCCAUUACCAUACGUUGUGUGGAUUGUCGUUCUUUUGGGCGCUAUACUUUGGUGGGCACACAUCAGAUAACAUCGAUACAUCGUUAUUUGUAUAAGCCCCCACCCAAGGAGGACAUAACGAAGUACAGAACCAUGGGAGGUCAAAUAAUUUUGUCGGCGCCCUUUACCGAGGAGAGUUAUCAUAAUUUGGUGGAUGGUUUUGGUAUGCAACCAAUGAUGGAUUCUUUGCAGCAGGCCAAUAUGAAGGAUUUCUAUGGCAAUCGACGUUCGUCGUGUGAUCAAUUCACCAUGUAUGGAGCAGCUUGUGUUACAAAAAUGGUCAAAAAACAAACAUCGAAAAAGAAAUCAUCACCGCGCAGCAUGAACAAAGAAAAUUCCAUUGUUGGCGAACAACUAGAUCCCGAUGAUGAAUGUAGUCGCGAUUGGUGGACAAAAUAUUUUUGGUCCUAUGAGCGAUUAAUCGAUAGUACGAAAGCCGAGAAAGCCCUUAUAGCCACUGAUAAAUAUCUAACGCCCAAUACGCAACUACAACCACCAAAUGCAAAAAACUUUGGCUCAAAAUUUGUUCAGAAAUUAAGUCCCAAAGCUAUGACCUCGCUGGGACGUAGCAGCAACAAAAAUGAUGAAAAUAUAUCAUCGUCGAAUUCAUCAAAACCCUCGAAAUCGUUCAGUAACAAUUCCACAGCUUUGUGUCAGAUCUAUCCUGGCGAACUGGAGGCCCAAUCAGAGUUCAACAAUUUUCGCGAUUGGCUGCACUCGUUUGCCCUGUAUCGGGGCAAAAAAACGGGCGACUCCACAGAGGAUGAUAAUCGCACAGUGGGCUUCUUUAAGGGAGCCAUCAAAGUUUAUCGCCUGCCACCGCCCAAGGGUAUAGAUUACCCCAUAGCGAAUUUGCCCGCAAACGAACCCAUACAUGUGCUGGUUCGUGUCUAUAUCAUAAAGGCAACCGAUUUGCAUCCCAUGGAUUUGAAUGGCAAAGCAGACCCUUAUGUGGUUUUGCAUUUGGGCAGUAAACGCAUAUCGGACAAAGAUAACUAUGUCAGCAAGCAAUUGAAUCCGGUAUUUGGCAAGUGUUUUGAAGUAGAGGCCACUUUCCCCCAAGACUCAAUGCUGACAGUGCAGAUAUUCGAUUGGGAUUUGGUGGGCUCAGAUGAUUUGAUAGGCGAGACACGCAUUGAUUUGGAAAAUCGUUUCUACAGCAAACAUAGGGCCACCUGUGGUCUGGCACUGCGCUAUGAAGAUUGUGGUUAUAAUCAAUGGCGUGAUCCCAUGAAACCUACACAAAUUCUAUCGAAAUUGUGUAAAGAAAAUAAGUUGGAUACCCCACAUUAUUUUCAAGAUCGCGUGGCUAUAGGCAAGUACUGUAUGACCUUCUCCGAUGAGGAGGUUAUAGCCUGGAAUGGUCCCAGUACUUGCCGUAACCGCGAUGAGCAUUUGGCUUUAGCUGUCCUACAUCGCUGGAGUGAAAUACCAAAUGUCGGUUGUAAGAUUGUUCCUGAACAUAUUGAAAGUCGUCCCAUCUAUAAUCCUGAUAAGCCCGGCAUAGAACAGGGCAAACUGGAAAUGUGGGUUGAUAUGUUUCCCAUGGAUAUGCCGCUGCCGGGACCAGCCGUUGAUAUAUCACCAAGAAAACCCAAGGCCUAUGAAUUGCGUGUGGUCAUAUGGAAUACUGAUGAUGUGGUACUAGAGGAUGAUGCCUUCUUUACGGGUGAAAAAAUGUCCGAUAUCUAUGUCAAGGGUUGGCUUAAGGGUCCCCAAGAUUGUCAAUCGACAGAUAUUCAUUAUCGUUCUUUGACCGGUGAGGGUAAUUUUAAUUGGCGUUUCAUCUACCCCUUUGAAUACUUGGCUGCGGAAGAACGCAUUGUUUUGUCUCGACGAGAGUCCCUAUUUAGUUGGGAUGAAACUGAGGUUAAGAUACCAGCUCGUUUGGAACUACAAGUAUGGGAUGCUGAUCAUUUCUCUGCCGAUGACUUCUUGGGGGCCAUAUCAAUGGAUUUAAACCGCUUUCCCCGAGGUGCUAAAUCUUCUAAAUUAUGUACUCUGGAUAUGUUGAAAACCGACAACAUGCCAACUGUAAAUAUUUUCAAACAAAAACGUGUACGUGGAUGGUGGCCAUUUUACAUUAAGAAACAAAAUGAAGAGAUGGAAUUAACUGGAAAGGUGGAAGCUGAAUUUCAUUUAUUAACUAAGGAAGAAGCAGAACAAAAUCCUGCUGGUUUUGGUCGCAGUGAACCGGAUGCUCUUGAAAAGCCAAAUCGUCCAGAUGCUUCGUUCAUGUGGUUUGUAAAUCCAUUGAAAUCAAUUCGCUACAUUGUCUGGCACAACUACAAAUGGGCCAUAUUGAAGGGUUUGCUGCUAUGUGGCAUUGUAUUGUUCUUCAUUUUGUUUGUAUACUCUGUACCCGGUUAUUCGGUCAAACGCAUAUUGGGUGCCUAAAAAGAUCUUAUGCCUGAGCAUAAACCAAACUACAGAGUUAGGAAACAAAAAUGGGGCGCAUUUUUCUUCAAAAUCUACUACAAAAUUUAUUAAACCAAAAAAAAAAAUUGAUUGAACAAGAAAAGAAACAAGAGGGUUGUACCUGAUUUUGUUAAGAGUGUUUGUGUUUGUAGGCCUAAGUUUAGUUAAGGAAUUUAAUACUUUACAGCCUAGAUUAAGGUUAAGAAUCUAUUUAUGUAUUAUAGAAUAUACAAAUGUAACACUUGUCGUUAUGAACAACAAUGAGAUUGUAAGGGUUUCAGGGUACCUUAACUAAACAAAAAGUGAUCUUUGGAUGAUUGAAACAAAUAGUGCAAAUAGUAUAUUGAUGAGUUUUAGAUUAUAUGCAUGAGAGUGUGCGUGACAGAAAAUAACAAAAAAGGAGACUAGUGUGUAGUCUUUCAGCAAGAUACAUAUUGCUCAAAUUAUAGAUAUUUUUAGAUUACACAUUUAUCAAAAACUUAUUACACUUAUUAAGGUAGCAAUGUAAGCGGUUGAAUUGAACACAAACUCUUUUUAACACAGUGUUGCCAACUGUUGAGGACAAAGAUUGUUUUCACACUUUAUAUAUGUUCAUUCCCUAUGUUUUUUUUUCGUUACCGAUAUAAACACCAGCUACAACAAGUAGCAAACCACAUUAUGUUUUCUGAUGCUACGGCACAGAACAUUAAUCGCUCAAUAUUUGGUUAAUAUUUGAUUGAUCAAUUGGCGUACUCACAGGAUAUCGACAAUUAUUAUUCGUCGUAAGGACGCUGAAAUUCUGAACUUAUUGGAAGUUCACAAUAAACCUAAAAUUGAAUUUUAUUUAAC